AGCGAGGAGAAGAGCGGGGCAGCCUCUCAGAUAAAGCCCAGCUGCACACCAGAAGCAUCGUAAACACAGAAGAGUUCUUCAUCCGUGCUGAGCUCCUCAUCAGCAUCACUAGAGCGACAUCUGGAUCGAUUCACUGAUUCUCUGCGCGGUGACGGCCGGAAAGGAUGGGUUUGUGUUGGUUCCUGUUGAGUUUCCUCUUCCAUUCUCUGUACGCCCACAAUGACUUCUUCACUUCUAUUGGUCAGAUGACAGACCUACUGUACACAGAGAAGGACCUGGUGACAUCACUGAAAGAAUACAUCAGACAGGAGGAGAACAGACUAGAGCAGGUUAAAGAAUGGGCAGACAAACUGGACUCCCUGACAAACACAGCCACGCAGGACCCUGAGGGAUUCCUGGGGCACCCGGUCAAUGCCUUCAAGCUGAUGAAAAGACUCAACAGUGAGUGGGGUGAUCUGGAGAGCCUGGUGCUGAAAGACACCACCAACGGGUUUAUCUCUAAUCUAACCAUGCAGAGACAGUUUUUCCCAACAGAAGAGGACCAGACAGGAGCAGCCAAAGCUUUGCUUAGAUUACAGGACACAUACCAGCUGUCUGCCAACACCAUUUCUAAUGGAGACUUGCCUGGUGUUGUGCACAAGAGCCGGAUGACAGUGGCAGACUGCUUUGAGCUGGGGAAGAUUGCUUAUUCUGAGGCAGAUUACUAUCACACAGAGCUCUGGAUGGCUCAGGCCCUCACACAGCUGGAUGAAGGCGAGGAAUCCACCAUAGAAAAGGUCACAGUCAUGGACUACCUGAAUUAUGCUAUCUACCAGCAGGGGGAACUAGAACGAGCCCUGGAACUCACCAAGAGGAUGCUGAAACUGGACCCGAAUCACCAGAGGGCCAAUGGGAACCUAAAGUACUUUGAGUUCCAGCUGGAGAAGCAGAGAAAGGCAGAGGCCGAGAAGAAGGAACAGGAAGAUAAAAAAAGAGAGAAGAAAGUGCUGGACAAACGUGAAGCUCAGAGGAAACGGUCCAAAGACCCUCUGCCAGAGAGGAAGAAAUAUGAAAAGCUGUGCCGAGGAGAGGGAGUCAAACUAACACCCCGCAGACAGAGCCGACUGUUUUGCCGUUACUUUGACAACAACCGUAACCCGCGGUUGCUUUUGGCUCCGGUGAAGCAGGAAGAUGAAUGGGACCGCCCACGUAUUGUCCGUUAUCAUGACAUCAUCUCUGACAGUGAGAUCACGACUGUGAAGGAGUUGGCAAAACCCAGACUAAAGCGAGCCACUGUGCAUGAUCCCAAUACGGGAAAACUGACCACUGCCCAUUACAGAGUCUCCAAGAGUGCUUGGCUGUCUGCAUAUGAGCAUUCUACGAUUGAAAAGAUUAACCAGCGUAUCGAGGAUGUAACAGACCUGGAAAUGGACACAGCAGAAGAGCUGCAGGUUGCAAAUUAUGGAGUUGGUGGUCAGUACGAGCCUCAUUUUGACUUUGGAAGAAAAGAUGAACCAGAUGCCUUUAAAGAACUGGGAACAGGAAACAGAAUUGCCACUUGGCUCUUUUAUAUGAGUGACGUGUCAGCAGGGGGCGCUACAGUCUUUCCAGAUGUUGGAGCAGCAGUGUGGCCUAAAAAGGUGAAAUACCACUAAUAAUGAAUCAUUUUUUAUAAUCU